AUGGCUAAUUGCAAAAUCAUUUGUGAGAUUCCUAAUAAGGAAAUAAUAUAUCUUGAUUGUGAAUACUAAAACAUCAAAGAAGAAUUACAAAAAAAAAAAAAUAACCUAAAUUAGGAUUCAAUAAUUUUAAUUGAUAUUUCUGAAACAGUAUAUUAGGCAACAAAGAUAAAUAAUAAUUUAAUGAGAGAUUAGAUGUACUUCAAAGUUUACGAUGCUAAUUAACUUUAAGGAGAGUUGAAAGAAAUGGGAAAGAUAAAAAUAGAAUAAGAAAAAUUAAUAAAUUAAGAAAAUACUCUAUUAUAAAGUAGGUCUAAAGAAUUUCACUUAGAAGCAGUUUCAAAAUCAUUCUUAAGAAACACUUUUAAUUAAAUGGAGCAAAAUUUUUAACAUUAGCUAUCAUAAUUAUCUUCACAGCUGUAGCUUAAUGCCUAUAAUAAUCAUAUGGUCUAAAUGAAGAAUUUAGAAAAUAUACAAUCUGAUAUUUAAAUAGUAGAAAAUUAGGUAUAAAGUUCUAAAAAAGAGACACAUGAACAACAAUAAUCGUAAAAAUAAAUAAAGCAAAAAUCAAAAAAUCAUAAUUCUGAAAUUUCUUCUAAAUAGUAAGAAGAUUAAAAUGCUAUUCUAUUAAGUAAAGAAGUUUAAGGAAAAUUGAUCGAGGCUGAAAGGAAAUUAAGAAUUUUAGCUGAAGAAAUGAAAGAAAAGGAAAAAUAGCAUUAUAUGGAAAUUUAAGAAUUAUCCGAAAAUAAUAGAACGUAAAGUGCCAACAUCCUAAGAACAAAACAAGCAGAAAUGGAAAAAACUAAAGCUGAAAAAUAAAAAUAAAUUUAGGAAAUAUAGGAUAGAUAUGAUAGGCUGGAAUUAGAAUUAAAUUUGAUGAAUACAAGAUGUAGAAACCAAGAAUAACAAAUUUAAUAAUUAGAAGAAGAUAAUUAAUAAUUUUAAAAGUACCAUGAAAUAGAAUUACAAAAAAAGAAUGAAGAUUUAAUGAUUGAAAUGUAGAAAACAUAAUAAUAUUAAUAAUACUUAUAAUAAUUAAGUGAGUAUUGCUUAGUCUCUUAAUUCGAACAACAAAAACUUUACAUUUAAUAAAUGGAAUAAUUAGUUAAAUAAUAAUAAGUAGACUUAGAAGAGGAAUAAUAAUAUUUCAAAAAUGAGAGAGAUAAAUUGAAAUAAUUGUUAAAAACAGAAAAGGAAAGAUUACUUAUUGCUAAUGAAAGCAAUUAUGAACUAGAAUCUACUGUUUCUAAGUUGAAUGAUAAAAUUAAACAGUUAGAUAGAGAAUUAAAACGAAGCAAGUAUGAAAUUGGCGAGUUGGAAGGUGAUAUCUUGUAGUUAAAAAAAUAAAUAGAAAAUUUGUAAAAAUUAAAAAUAGUCUGA